AAUUGAUACCAUCAGGUCCAAGAGCCCACUGUCCAGAAGGAGAAUUUCAAUGCGCUCAGGGAUUCUGUAUAAUGGGCUACAAACGAUGUAACGGUAUAGAAGACUGUCCCAGUGGAAACGACGAAUGGAACUGCCCACAACCUACUUAUCCGCCAUAUGUCGUCUGCGGAGAUGAUGAAUUCAACUGUGGCGAUGAAUGUAUUGAGAACGCCUACCGUUGCGAUGGCCUCAAGGAUUGCAAAAAUGGAAAAGACGAAGAAGACUGCAAAUGCAGUACCAGCCAGUUCCAAUGCCACUCAGACAACAUGUGCAUUGAUAGCAAUUUGAUCUGCGACGGCAGCUCUGACUGUGCAGACAACUCAGAUGAAAGGGAUUGCAACUUGACAACUCUACCUCCAAUUGGCUACUGUGCGAGAGACGAACUCAGGUGUGACGAUGGAAGCUGCGUGCCAACGUUCAGGCAGUGUGAUGGAAGACCGGAUUGCCCUGAUGGUACUGAUGAGCGGGGAUGCCCCUGCAGGAACGACCAAUUCCCCUGUCUAGACGGAAGCCGCUGUAUUGACAGUCGACGACGCUGCGACAGAUGGCGCGACUGUAGCGAUGGAAGUGACGAGGCUAACUGCCCAACUUCUCCUCCUUCCUACACUACACCGGAACCAACUACUCCCACCCCUCCAGGAAUCAGCUGUCAACCAGGCUACAGGCCAUGCAAGAGGGUCAGGCAGUGCAUUAGGGCUGAUCAAUUGUGUGAUGGAACUGCUGAUUGCUCGGAUUUCUCUGAUGAGGAUGGAUGCCCUUACAACAGGGAAAGGCUCGACCUUCAUACUUAUCCUGAUGCUCAAGAGCAGAAAGAACGCCAAGAGGUAGUAUUCACAUGCAGAGAUGAAGGUCCACUACGAGUUCGUGUGCACUGGGAACGUGAAAAUGGCCUUCCACUUCCACCAGGCUCAGCUGACAUCAAUGGACGGCUGGAGAUGCCCAACAUUCAACUAGAGCACCAAGGCACCUACAUUUGCGUUGCCGAAGGGUAUCCCAAAGGAACACCUGGAGCUGAUGCUACAGUACAGCUUAAAGUCACCAAAAGAAUCCCACCUCCAUCUUUGCGACCACCAACAGCUUGUGGGCUAUUCGAUGCCACAUGUGCCAAUGGAGAUUGUAUCCCGAAAAACAAAGUUUGCGAUGGUCACUUUGAUUGUGGAGAUGGAUCAGACGAAAACAGAUGCAAUCCAAGUGGUUGUGAGCCCAACGAAUACCAAUGUGCGAACAAGAAGUGCGUAUUGAAGACCUGGCGGUGUGAUUCUGAUGACGACUGUGGUGACGGUAGUGAUGAAGAGGGCUGUGGUUCAGCGCCACCUGGUUCUCUAUGUGCUGCCCAUCAGUUCCAGUGUCGAUCUGGUAACCAGUGCAUUCCCAGAAGCUACCAUUGUGACCUUGAGAAGGACUGUGUAGAUGGAAGUGAUGAGGUUGGAUGCGUCAAACCUGUGGUGUACCGACCUCCACCACCUAUGGUCAACCUGGUGGUUGGAGACCGUUUUGAGAUCAAUUGUACCGCAGUUGGGGUUCCAACACCUUUGAUUGUGUGGAGAUUGAACUGGAGACACGUACCCGCCAAAUGCAGAUCACACAGCGAAAACGGUGUCGGAACCUUGGUGUGCGAGAACAUACAAGUUGAAGAUCAGGGAGCGUAUUCUUGUGAAGCGAUCAACAUCAAGGGAGUGACCUUUGCUCAUCCUGACACGAUUCUGAUGGUCAAUCGAAACAGUUUAUGUAGACCAGGAUACUUUAAUGUUCAAGCUAGAAAUGAGAGGGAAUGCAUCAAGUGCUUCUGCUUCGGCCAGACCAGUACCUGCCGAUCUGCUGAUCUAUUCAUCUACCAAUUCCAACCGCCUUUCGACUCUUUAAAACUCUUGGGAGUCCGGGUGGAUCCAGUACAAGGUAUCGUCGAUAUCAGAGAUGAGCCCAUCUAUAGAGGAACUCAACCUGAUCUUACUCCAGCGGGAGCCAAAGGUGUUCAUGCUGCUGGUCCAGAUAGUAACGAGCUGAAUCAACCAGACGUGUGGCCAUACUUCGCUAUGCCUGAAAACUACCAUGGUAACCAGCUGAAGAGUUACGGAGGAUUCCUCAGAUACUCUGUGACACAUUCCAACAGAGGUUAUCCUAGUCCUGGUCCAGACGUGAUAAUUUCGGGCAAUGGCUACAUCCUCCAACACCAAUCUCGUAAAACCCCCACCCUCUACCAAGAGGACAACUUCGAAGUCCGCUUCUUCGAAGGAGAAUGGUACAAGAAAUCUCCCAGUAUUCCAGAAUCUGUAGCCACCAGGGAAGAGAUCAUGAUGGUCCUGGAAGAUGUGGAUAACAUCCUAGUCAAACUGCAAUACAACUCAGGUGUGCUUAACACCACUUUGACCAACAUUGCCAUGGACAGUGCUGCGACACCUGAUAGUGGCCUAGGACCUGCUAGCUACGUUGAGGAUUGUAGCUGCCCAGCUGGGUACAGUGGAAGCUCUUGUGAGAGGUGUUCUGAAGGAUUUGCACGACGCAAGACAGGCCCAUGGUUAGGACAAUGUUUGAAAGAACAACAAUCAUGUCCUCCUGGAAUGUACAACGAUGGAAGAGAGUGCCAGAUAUGUCCAUGUCCUCACACCAAUCCAAGCAAUCAAUUUGGCAGGACGUGUCACCUAGGCUCCGAUGGUGACGUAGUUUGCGAUUGUCCCCCUGGCUACGUAGGCAACCGUUGCCAACAAUGUGCAGAAGGCUAUAUCGGUAACCCACUGAUACCCGGAGAUUCCUGCAUACCUGAUCGAAGACCUCCUGAACCUUACUGUGACCUGUCUGGAUCUCUGGACACUAGACCUGAUCCUUAUGGGAAGUGCAGGUGCAAGGACUUGACUGAAGGAUCAAGCUGCAACCAAUGUAAGGCAAAUACAUUCCACUUGAGCUCCAAGAAUCAGUUUGGCUGCAUUUCAUGCUUCUGUAUGGGCGUCUCAAUGCAAUGUUCCAGCUCUAAUUGGUACAGAGAUAAGAUCGCGACUUACUUCACCAGUUCAACAAACAACUUCAAAAUCAUCGACAAUCUUAACAGAGAGUAUCCUAUAACCGAAGGUAUCACUCUCAAUCAGCAAGACCAAUCUAUCUCAUACAGUGACUUCUCAUCACCAAAUGCUUACUAUUGGUCACUUCCCUCAUUGUAUUUGGGCAACAAGAUUACUUCUUAUGGAGGAUACUUGAGGUACACACUCAAACAUGCCCCAGUGCCGGGAGGUCAGAGCUCCAGGAAUGUUGCUGCAGAUGUCGAAUUGAUAAGUAGAAACAAUAUAAAUCUACUGUAUUACAACCGAAAUCAAAGUUAUCCCUCGAACUCUCCUCAAACAUUCGUUGUGCCGUUGCUUGAACAGUACUGGCAAAGGUCAGAUGGUCAACAAGCUGACAGAGAACACUUGCUGAUGGUCUUGGCAGAUCUGGAAAACGUUUACAUCAAGGCCACGUAUUACACCCAGACGAGUGAAUCAUCGCUCAUAUCGGUGGAACUAGACACAGCAACUGACAGAAACACCGGCUCAACAGAAAGAGCAUUAGAAGUGGAGCAAUGUCACUGUCCUCCUGGAUACACUGGCCUUUCUUGUGAAGACUGCGACGUCGGGUACUCCCGCACCACCAAGGGACUCUACCUUGGUACGUGUGAACAGUGCAACUGCAACGGACAUUCUGACGAGUGUGAUGCUGAAAGCGGAAUAUGCUUGAAUUGCAGAGACCACACAACUGGAGACAACUGUGAACUUUGCCUCCCGGGCUACGAAGGAAACCCAGCAAAUGGUGGCAUCUGCACAUAUACAGGAACAGAAAUACCGUGUAGCUGUGACCCUAGAGGAUCGGUCUCCUCUGAAUGCUAUGGCGCAAGAUGUAGAUGCAAAACGAAUGUAGAGGGUAAUAACUGUGACCAAUGUCGUAGCGGUACGUUUGGUCUAAGUACCAAUAACAUCGAUGGGUGCGAGGUCUGUUUUUGUUUCGGACAAUCAUCUCAGUGCAGCGAAAGUAACUUGUACAUUGAACAGAUACCCAUACAGAUAUUGCAGGACAACCAUGGAUUCACUAUUACAGAUCAACUCUUUGUCAGCAGAGUUGCUACCAACUUCAGUGUAGACAUGUUCCGCAACGAAAUCAACUAUCCAGUACCACCUGGUACCAGGGACACACUGUACUGGUCUUUGCCCAGCAUAUUCACAGGGAAUAAGGUGAAAUCCUACGGGGGACAACUUGAAUUCGUCCAAAGAUAUACCCACCAUCCAUCUGGAAGGUACAUUCCCAACAAAGAUGUCAUCAUUAACGGAAAUGGAAAGACCAUUUAUUGGAGCCAUCCUGGAGAACUGAGGCCAGAUGUAGAAAAUGCCGUCUCUGUUCAGCUGCAUCCCAGCGCUAGGUGGUUCGUCAUUCUCAACAAUAUACCUGACAGCCCAAUUUCGCGGACGUACCGAAUAGACGGCGCUUACGGCACCAAACCGGCUUCAAGAGAAGACAUCCUCAUGGUUUUAUCAAAUAUCGACUCAAUUCUUAUCAGAGCUACACCAUCAAGUGAUACUAGGGUCAGCUACUUGAGCGACAUCACUUUGGACACAGCUGUGGACACGGACACUGGAAAGCCUAGGGCAAGCAGCAUUGAAGUUUGCAGAUGUCCUCCUGGGUACCGUGGAACGUCCUGCGAAUCCUGCGCAUCAGGGUACUACAAAGACUACUACUUCGACAACUCAAAACCACUUGGAACAUGCCAAAGAUGUCCAUGUAAUGAUAGGGAAGAAGGAUGUGAAAUGGGACCUGACAGAAGGGUUAUGUGUCACUGUAGACCAGGUUAUACUGGUAUCAACUGCGAACAUGAAGGUGCGCUGAUCAAAGUAGACAUGGAAAUCCAACCACCACAAGUGAUCGCACCGAUCGGCACCCAAGUGAAGUUCACUUGUAAGUUCCUCUCAGACCAAUACAGCGGACUCAACAUUACCGUAGAAGGACUAAAUCUAUACAAUUUCGAAACGGUUGGCAAUGAGGCAACGUUCUACCACGUGGUAGGCUGUUACCAACAGCAAAUUCGAUGUGUGGCUACGAACAGACUGAAUGAAGAAGUUGGUUAUGUCAGUGCAGUUGUUUAUCCAGCUGGCGUCACAACUACUCCAUAUCCCGAGGUAAAUCCAACCUACAACGCUCCAACCAUAGACUUGACAAUUGAAGACCACCAUAUUGGCAUUUACGAAGUCGGAAGCACUGUCAGAUACCAAUGCUCAGCCAAAUCGCACUACUCACCAAGGGUGCAAGUUCAGUGGAGUAAGGAUGGUAGCAAUUUACCCUCAAGGGCAAUAGAUGAUGGAAGAGGACUUCUUGUUAUAACCAAUUUAAAAGUCACUGAUUCAGGAAGAUACAUUUGUGAAGCGAGUGACGGAUACUCCAUAGCGACGUCUAGUGUCAAUCUCAAUGUUGGAGUUAAAGAAGAUGAAAGACCAAGAAUAGCAAUAUCAGAGCCAUACGUAGAGGUAGAUGAAGGGCGACCAGUUGACAUAAGGUGUGUCGCCAGUGGGGUUCCAGCUCCAGAAUUGAGCCUGACAAGAUUAGACGGACAACCAUUGGACCCAAGGUACUUCUCAAAUGGAGCCUUCCGCAUUCCUUACGCUAGAGAUUCAGAUGCUGGAACCUACCAGUGCAUUGCGACAAAUAGAGCAGGUUCUGACUAUGGACAGUUCCAAGUUGUGGUACGCAGAUCAAAUAUUGGUCAACACACCAACCUUGUUAGAGUUGACAUUAGCCCACCGUACUUCUCAGGUAUAAGCGGAGACACAAUCCGUCUUAACUGCAGCGCUCCCGUGAACGUCAACUGGAUCCGCUGGACCAAACAAUCUGGAAACCUUCCUUACAACUACCAAGAAGACCGAGGUGGACUCAUUAUACCUAACGCAAACCCGGAUGCCUCUGGCGUGUACAUAUGCACUGUCAUGUCUUCUCAGGGGACCAGCAAUACUAGCACUGCUUCUGUCAACAUCAGAGGAAGUGACUUCAAUAGCGAAUAUCCUACCACGAAAGUGUCUCCUGAACGAAUCACUCUCCAACAAGGUCAGUCCACUGAGCUGAACUGCAUGGCAAAUGGAAGGCCCACACCAACAGUCAAGUGGACAAAACUGAAUGGAGAACUAUCAAGAAAUAUUGAACAACAAGGACCUGUACUAUAUAUCAGAAAUGCUAGGGUGGAAGAUAGAGGAAUCUACGUAUGUGUCGCUACCAAUGAUCGAGGGAUUUCACAAAGUUCUGUUGUUGUAGAAGUGACUGCUCUAGAAAUGCCCCGAUUGGAGAUCCACCCCUCAAUGAGUCAAACUGUGGUAGCAGGUGGCAGCGCUAUUGUACAGUGUAGAGUAAUGGAGGGUAGACCAUCACCUACCAUAUCCUGGAGAAGAGCAGAUGGCAGACCGUUGAGUAGAAACGUUGAAGAGAUGUCUGGCGGAACUCUAAGAUUCAUGGACAUGAGCGUGAACGACCAAGGUGAAUACAUCUGCACAGCAACAAAUGAAGCUGGCACAGUGACAGCAUCUGCACACCUGAUCGUCCACACGGCUCCUGAGGUGCAGAUCACACCGACUCAAGACACAAUUUCUAGGCCAGAAGGCGAAUAUCUCAGGCUGAUCUGUCAGGCUACGGGAACACCACAACCUACUGUUCAGUGGAGCAAGUAUGGAGGAGUCCUUCCUGGACGUAGAGACAACCUCGUCAGUAUCCCCAAUGUGGCUUACCAAGAGUUCAACCGCUUGAGCCGAGAUGACCAAGGUGUCUACGUCUGCAGGGCUGAGAGCAGUGCUGGAAUUACAGAGAACAGGAUCCAGUUGAUCAUAGAUCCCAGAAGAGGAGAUGGAGGUGGUGAUGAUGCAACUCAUCCUGGAGGUCACUGGAAAGACAACGAACCAACUGGUGGUUACAAUCCUGAUCAUUCUGCGCCAGAGUCCGAUGAAGUCUUCAAAGCAGCUGUUGGCUCUAGAGCUGAAAUAAGGUGUAGCAUCAAAGACGUCCAAGGAAGCAGAAUUGAUAUCAGUUGGAUCCGAACAGACAACACAAGCCUGCAAAGAAACGCAUAUGAAAGGAGCGGUACUCUUUACAUUGAUAACGUUCAACCAUCUGAUGCUGGAGUCUACAGAUGUUUGGGAAUCGAUCAAACUACCAGAAAAGUCGUCUUCGGACUCAAUACGUACCUUAAAGUCCUUUUCCCACCACGUAUCACAUUGGUCCCGCCACGUCAAGUGGUGCAUCCAGGUGAAGAUGCCUACAUCAACUGCACUUCAACAGGAGAACAACCUAUCCAGACAUGGUGGGAGGCUGUUGGAAGAACCAUGCCCGCAUCUGUUUACACGAGAGAGGGACACUUGAAGUUCAACAACAUUCAACUUAGCGACACUGGUAGAUAUCUGUGUAAGGCUAGGAACAAUGCUGGAGAAGCAGAAGCUGUAGCUGAUGUAAUAGUAGAAGAAAACAUAUCAAAACCAGCGAUAACAGCAGAGCAGAAACAACAAGAUGCCCCACUGGGUUCCAACGUGCGACUAGGAUGUAGAACAGCAGGUGAUCGAAAAACAAUCCGUUGGUAUAGGCAGAACCAACCGUUGCCACAGAAUGCUCAAGUUGCUGAUGAAGUGCUGUACAUUUCCAACGUUCAAUAUCAUGACCAAGGCAGGUACUACUGUGAGCUGUCGACCAAGGAAGGCGCUGUUAGUGAUUACAUAGAUCUACAAGUAUCUAGACACGUAUCAGGCGUGCCAACAAAUACAGGACACGUCGAAAGCAUGACAGCUCCAGAGAAUUGUCCCAGGGAAUGGUACAGAUGCAGGAACGGUAUCAUCUGCAUCCCGCCUGAACAGAUGUGCGACUACAACAAUGAUUGUGGGGACAAUUCUGAUGAAGAUGAUUGUAAACCAAGGAUUCGAAGACGGGGUCCAUAUUCAGCCCCAUCACUCUACAUCACGCCCUCCGACAGUGACCAACACCGCCCAGGAAGCAACGUUGACAUCGCCUGUCAAUCCAGCGAACGUGGCGCCAUCACGACGUGGUCGAAACCUAGCGGUUGGAUGCUAGAUAACAUCAGGAUUCAAGGAGGCAGGAUGAGAAUUGAAAGGAUCAGGCAGGAUAAUGCGGGCGUGUAUAGGUGUGAAGCUACCGGGCAACAAGGGGUAUAUCAUAAGGACUAUCAGCUUAGAGUUGCUGAUGAGGAAGUUAAAGACGAACCACCACUAGAAGUAAAAUCCGUCCCAAGAGGUUCCAACGUCGUUCUAGAAUGCAAGACUAACUUCAACUCACCCAACUCAUACAAAUGGUCAAAACAAGGUGGAACUCUACCGAAUUACGUUGACAUUUACAGUAGCACACUCCAACUGAACGAUGUGGGAAGCACAGACGCCGGAACCUACACUUGCACAGCAACAAGUGGUGCCAGAACCAUCGAUGUGCCAUUCAUCUUGGUGGUAACUGGAAUCGUACCACAUUUCGCUCAAGCUCCAAACAGCUACAUCACACUGCCGACCUUGAUGGAUUCCUACAUCCAGUUUGCCUUUGAAAUAUCAUUCAAACCUGAGAAUGGAAAUGGAUUGAUUUUGUACAAUGGAAACAGAGGAUCAGAGAAGAAUGGAGACUUCAUCGCAUUGCUUCUUGUUGAUUCUGUGCCUGAAUUCAAGUUCAACCUGGGGUCUGGAACUGCAACGCUUGUAGCUGACCGUCCGAUUUCUAAUCAACAGUGGCAUACUGUUAAAGUGGUGAGAAACAGAAAGAAGGCUACAAUGUUCGUCGAUGGAGAGGGUCCAUUCAUAGCAGUCGCUGAAGGAAAGUACAUUGGACUGGACCUGACAGAACCCUUGUACCUUGGUGGAGUACCGAAUCCAAACAAUAUUUCACCAGACGUCUUCACCUACAGCAGAUAUAUAGGAUUUGUAGGUUGUAUCAGUAGAUUCAAAAUAGGCCACAACCACGUGGAGAUCAUGCGUGAAGCUCUGAACAAAACAGGUUUGACCACAUGCGAAACAUGUUCCGAAGACAAAUGCGAGAAUAAAGGUGCCUGUCAGGAAGCUUUGACGAAGGAAGGAUUUACUUGUAUCUGCCCGUCUGGGUUCAGCGGAGCUACGUGCAACAAGUUGAAAGGAGAGGCUUGUUCGCCAUAUGCCUGUGGAGUGGGACGUUGCAUAGACCUAGAGAACACCUUCACUUGUGAGUGUCCACUAGGUAGGGCAGGUCGUAGAUGCGAGAGAGAGAUCAUUGUCAAUGAACCAGCAUUCCAAAAUGACGCUUACAUAGCCUAUCCACCUCCAAAACCAAACCGAAGGCUCAAAAUCACAAUCAAGGUGAAGCCCAAUGGUCAUGAAGAUGGUUUGUUGCUGUAUUGUGCUGAAACUGAAGAAGGCCAUGGUGACUUUGUCAGCUUAGCGAUCAAGGACGGUCGACCAGAGUUCAGAUUUGAUGCAGGAAAUGGUCCAGUUGUGAUAAGAUAUAGAGAGGAACUUCAACCAGGCAAGUGGCAUGUAUUAACAGCUAGCAGAUCCUUGAGUGAUGGCAGACUGCUAGUAGAUGGCACGACUCCGGUGGUAGAACGGCUUUCGGGAAAUCACAAGACUUUAAAUUUGCAGACACCAUUGUAUGUUGGAGGUUAUGACAAACAUCAUAUCAAGCUGAACAACGGUGUGCAAGUCUACAAAGGAUUUGAUGGAUGUAUAGCCAAUAUCAACGUCGCUGGUACCGAUAUGAACGUUAUCUCCAAUGCAACAGAUGCUUCAAAUGUCGGCGAUUGCAGCGAGUUCAGUCCAGAAGAGGCGGACGUAGACAACAAUAUCUACUCUUCAGAGUUUGACAACACCCAACCCAAGACCUUUGAUAUGCAUCGUACUGGCUGCUCAGGAAGUCCGUGCAAAAAUGGGGCACAGUGUUAUCCCCUGAGCCCCAUGGAAUAUAAAUGUUCCUGCCUUAUUGGAUACACUGGUCAAAACUGUGAGACUGAAUUGUUCAUCUGUGACCAAAGACCUUGCCAGAACCAAGGUGUUUGUAAAGGAAAUAAUACUCACUAUAGCUGUGAUUGUCCCCUGGGCUAUACUGGGUACAAUUGCGAGCAAGUAACUGAAUUGCAAAACGAUGCUCACUUCGAGGGCGAUGGAUAUCUGGAGUUCAGCAGAGACCUUCUCGACCACCAAGGUGAAAAUGAGGAGGUGAUUGCUCUAGAGUUCUCGACCAAUGCGACUAAUGGGCUUAUAUUUUGGCAUGGACAGACACCUAAUGAAGAUGGACAAGGACAAGAUUACAUCUCCCUUACACUGCAAAACGGCUAUCUGCAGUACAGCUUCGACCUAGGCCAAGGAGCAGCGAUAAUACAGAAUCGUCAAGUUCGAGUGGAUAAUGGAGAGAGGCACAAUGUAAUUCUGAAGAGGAGAGGAAGACGAGGAACCAUGGAUUUGGAUAAUACUUGGAUGGAAGAAGGCGAUGCGGAAGGAUACACCGCAGACAUGGACUGCAAAGGAAAUAUCUACAUUGGAGGAACACCAAAUAUUCCUCUCAUGACGAGCUCCAGGGUGACUCAAGGUUUCGUUGGAUGUAUACACGCCUUCGAACUUCAGAACUCGCAGAGAUUAGACUUAGGAAUGAAAGCAAUAAAUGGGUUGAAUGUCAAACCAUGCUCCAGUUAUCCAGAUCCCUACAACCAUGAACUGGUGAAUUGAUUCGCUAGAAGAAGAUGAUACAUAGUUUUAAAUUAUAAUUUCACUUAGUUUCUAUCUCCGUGCGACUAUGUGUUCAUUUUUUAUGCGCAAUUUCUUUUUUGAUAUCCGUGUCUUUACUUCCGCGUUUCUUCAUUUUGUACGAUCUACUUUAUACUGCCAAUUUCUGGUCAUCCGAGUUUUUCUGUAAUGUUAUUUUUGUUAUCGUGUAUUUUUCGUUUAGGUAAGUGUGCCAUUUUAAUUUUAGAUAUUUCAGCAUAAAUAUUGUUGUCCAGAAAAUUGAGGCAUAUUAUCUGGUGACAUUUAAUUUGAAGUAAACCACAUAAUUGUCACUCCAUUGGAUUAUUCGAUUCUGCGGCCAUCAAACAUUGAAGCUUUUUAAGUAUUUUGACAUAAUAUUUCACGUAUCAAAUAUAAAAGAAUAUUUCAAAUCCUUUCAAUCUGAAUUCUUGUAUUUAUUGACUUUAAAAAUGUAUACUCACAGUUAGUCAUACUGCAGUACAUUGUGUCGGAAAAGUUUGCCUUAAUGUUCCUGGACGUAACUGUAUAAUUUCCAAUUUUAUAUUUUUGAAACGUUAAAUGUAUGGUGCUAUCGCAGUAAUAUUUGUAUUUUUAUUCUCAGUUGUAAUGUCACAUUAGUACUUAUGAUAAUAACUCCAGUUGAAUCAAUAUUUCAACAAAAAGUAGUACGUAAACAAUUGCUAUGUUGCCAAGUUUUGUUUUCAAAUGCCAUAAAGUGAUUUUAUCAACAAUGUUUUUAUGAGAUCCUUUAAAAUGAGCAUAGUUUGAAAAAAUGGUUUUGUUUAUAACUACAAACGUGUCACGAACCCCAACUUACAAAAUUUAGUACACUCAAACAACGUUCGACUAUAGAAUUUUGUUAACCAGCCCAAUAGACUAUGUUUAAAGAUCAAAAUGAAUAUUCUUUGAAGAGUAGUUUCAGUAUGAUUUGGUUCGACUGGAGAAAAUUAGUUUUAAUAAUGAAAAAAGUAAGUAUACCAUGUGUGAUGUCAUAACACGAAACGUAUCAGCAAACGGUGAUUAUUAACAGUACUUAUAGGUAUAGAUAUUAUAAAGAAUAUUUUAUAAAAACGCUUAAGUUUCAGCUGUAUAGUUAACUAUUAUGAAUGUUACAUAAAAAUAUUGUAUAAAUUGAAGUGGAAGCUUAGAAAUUACCGGAGCUCAAUUUCACUAGCUACUUGCUUGUAAAUGAAUAUAUGACACUAGAACAAUUCAUCGAUACAUAAUAUUUAAGGUUCACGAAACUGUUCAAGUUAUUAUCCCUUUUUGGCAUUUAUAGUCUGCAUCAAUUUUGAAAUAUGAAAUUGAGCGUUGGUAGCAUUUGUAUUUAGAAAAUAAUAUUUCUCGAUAUCAACUGGAUAAUUGUGUUAUCUUUAAUGAUUCUGAGACCAAGUUUCAAUGUUUUAGUUACUAUUGCUCGAAAUAUCUGUAGAUUAUUAGUUCAAAAAUUAUUAUGUUUUACGUUCUAAGCUUCCCUUAUUCGUCUAAUAAAAUUGCCUUUUUCUACAGUCACCUGUAAAGAGAUAUUCUGUAAGGAUUGUGUUAGUUAUGUUGUAUAAUUGAAAAAAUGCCUUAAAUCAUUUACUUACAUGUUAUGAAGAUGGAUUUCCAAUAACUGAAGACAAUAAGCAUAUUUAAAUAAAUGUAACUAAUACGUG